UCGAUUCGUCAUGAGUUUUUUUUUAUUGGGUUGGAGUUUAGAGUGGAUUGUGGGAGGAGUUUAAACCGUGCGUUUAGAUCUGGCAACCCAGCUCUGCCGUGUGUUUUUUCUCCUCUGUACUGUGACUCAAGGCUUUGGUUUGUAUUGAGUCCGGACGCAGAGGCUCGUAAGAAGCUCAUACGCAGCUCGUAAAGUGCUCUAUGGCUUAACAACGUGUUAUUCAUUUCCUAAGAGCGCUUAUAAGCGCAGGCAGGCAGGCGGAACUCACUCCUGAAGCCGGUGGAUGUUCUACACCCGAACUGCUUGAUUUCUUCAUUCGUUAAAACACGAGCCUCUCCGUCCUCCAUGUGCCUCCUUCUCGCCUGAUGUUCGAGUCUUCUCCUGCGGUUCGUUACGAGAAUUUCCCCGACACUUCUCCCGGGUGAAGAAACGGCACGGCCGCGGCUUUCAUGGCGCCCAUCUCUCCAUCCAUGAUUUUCUGAUCUCUGAUUUCGAUCCGGAUGAGCUUCUCCACAGCCGCUGCUUCUUCAUGCAGGUGAUCUGAUUCAUUCCACUGCUGCUGAAGGGUGUUGAUGGAGAGUUUUUCGAAUGACAGCCGGGACAGUGGUCAUCACAGGCGGGAUUCUAGCUACAAUAAUCUUACUGUGCAUCAUUGCAGUACUGUGCUACUGUAGACUACAGUAUUAUUGCUGUAAGAAGGAGGAGUCCGAGUCGGAGGAGGAGGAGCCAGAUUUCGCUGUGACGUCUCGUCUGCCACCGGUACACACCAACCACAACAUCCUGGCUCCCACUGUCGCUGAGGCACCCACCCCCAACGGGCCGACCCUGUUCACGCCCCCACCGCCGCCGUCUGCACGCAAGCUGACCCGCUCGCAGACGUUCUGCCCUUCCUGCACGCACUACGACAUGCCCUUCUACCUGCAGCAGCCAGACGGCCUAAGGAACGGCGGCGAGCGAAUGAGCUUCCGCAGCAUCCAGCAACACGAGCUGGAGCUUCCCACACCAGUCCCCACACGCCUCCCCACGCCCAUCCCCACGCCCAUCCCUACACCCCUCCCCACGCCCAUUCCCACACAUCUGCCAAACUACCACAAGCUCAACCUGAACCGCUCGGUCACCAUGCGACACAUGUUCGCACGCAGCUGCAGCAUCAGUACCGAUGUCUGACCUGCGCCCCCUGCAGGCCUGGAGUUCCAAACACACACACACACACACACACACACACACACACACACACACACACACACACACACACACACCAACGUAGAUGCUCGGUUACAGUUUGCGCUACAUACAUUUUUACUACAUAAACAGAAGACAAAAACAGUGAGGAGAUGAACUGAAAAACAAGGCCUUGGGCAAGUCGACUUUUAUCAAAGAAAAGGAUGAUGUCACUUUCUUUUGUAUAUAUACACACAUAUAAAAAAAAUCACAUGCCGUUUUUUGUAUCGUGUGUGUGUGUGUGAGAGAGCGAUUGUGUAUACCUGUGUGUGUUUGUGUGUGGGAGAAUGAGGAUUAUAUUG